AUGAUAUCAACGAGGUGUCUAAGGAAGAGUGCUACUGGUAGUGAUAAAUGGGGAUUAAGUUUAGAGCACUUCCUCCUAAAAUCUAAAUCUAUUUCUCUCUACAGAAAGGCUAUACGCGGGACAAGAGGUAUUCCAUAUCAACAGGCUCGCUCCGAAACGUUGCAAUGGCUGAGAAGUGAUUUUCAGAGAAACGCCAUGGAAAGCGAUGUAGAACGGAUAAAACAUCGGCUAGAAUGUAUGCAGAGGGAAAUCAAGAAUAAUCUGCCUAAUUAUGAUUGGUCUAUGUGUCCAGAAGGUGGUUUUCCUAGGUUUUGGAGGUAG